GCAAUUUCUCCUUCCAUCCCAUUUUGGAAGCCAUGUCGUUGCUCAAGGAAGUGAAUGCGUCCGCGACGGUCGCAUGGAGCCCCAUCAAGCGCAGAAGCAACCUGAUUGCCCUUGGAUCCAAGGAUGGUGUCGGUGUCGGCUUUGAGAGCUACGGUGGUGAACUGCAGCUCAUGUCGAUGGACUUUACCGACGUGACACCCGCCCCGAUCCAACUCGGAUCGAUCAAGACGUCGUCGCGAUUCCUGUCUCUGUCGUGGGCAGAUGUUGUCCGUCACCAAAGCUCCAUGGAACUCGGCGUGCUCGCUGGUGGUAUGGCUGAUGGGACGGUCAACAUUUGGGACCCGUCCAAGAUUGCCACGAACGCGCCGGCCGAAGUGGGCAAAGUGUCGCGACACAAGGGGCCUGUCAAUGCUGUGCAGUUUAACCCUCACCCAGAUAUGUCGCACCUGUUGGCGUCCGGCGGUGGCGACGGUGAAGUGUUUGUCAUGUCGUUGGACAAACUGAACGCUCCCCAAGUGUACACCCCAGGUGGCCCCAACUACACGGCGACUCCUGGCAACGAAAUCACAUGCUUGGCUUGGAACACACAAGUCGCGCACAUUCUCGCGAGCGGAUCCCAGAACGGUUCGACAGUGGUGUGGGAUAUGAAGUCGAAGAAACCAUUCUGUGAGCUGAAGGACAUGUCCCGAUCUCCCGUCUCCUGUGUCGCUUGGAACCCGAACGAAGGUCUGCACAUCAUCACAGCGUCUUCCGACGACCAGCGCCCUGUCUUGCGUCUGUGGGAUCUCCGCAGCUCAACGUCGACUCCGCUCGCCGAACUCCAAGGCCAUACUGCCGGCAUUCUGUCCAUGUCGUGGUGUCCAAACGACGCAGGGUUUGUUUUGUCGAGUGCCAAGGACAACCGUACGUUACUCUGGGACCUAUUCACCGGUCAGCCAUUCUUCGAGCUGCCUUCGAACGUCGCCGCCCAACCCGUCGGUGGCUCGUUUUUCUCGGGAGGUGGCGGGGGACAACGCCGAUUUAAUGUUCAGUGGUCUCCCAAGAUUCCCGCAGUGGCCUCGGCUUGCACAUUCGACGGCAAAGUUCAAGUGUGGGGACUCACGGGAAGCGGCACCAGUGCCGCUCGCGCCCCCAAGUGGACCACGCGUCCUGUGAGCGCGACGUUUGGGUUUGGUGGCAAACUCGUCGUCACAAACGCGCGUACCCCUGCGCAGCCUCAACAGCAGCAGUACGGCCAGCCCAAAGUGCCGCGCCCUGUCCACAUCCACAAGAUCACGAGUGACCCGUCCAUCGUUGCCGGCGCCGACUUGCUCGAACAAGCGCUAGCUCAACGGAAUUUCCAAGGCCACUGCGACAACAAAGUCGCCAACGCCAAGCGACCCGCGGACAAGGCUACGUGGAGCUUUAUGAAGAUUUUGUUUGAUCGAGCGUCAGCGCGCACGCAGCUCCUGUUGCAUUUGGGCUACGACAGCGACAAGAUCAAGGCGGAUGCGCGCACGUAUUUGGGCAAGGAUGAGCCUCUGCCCGCCGAAGUUGCCCCGCCGGUGCAGCAACCUCACCAACCUGCGGUGAGCGCCGCAGACGUGUUUGGAGCCGCGCCGCCUGCUGAAACGGCGCCGUCGCACCCGACGACGUCCGUUAAAUCGACAGGAAUUCCUACGGACACGAGCAAGCGCAUCGACGGCCCUCACCCGCCGACAUACACCGAAGCGUCAGAAAGCAUCAUCAAGCGACUGGUGCUCGUGGGGGACUUUGAAGCGGCCGUGGAUGUGUGUUUGGCCAACUUUCAGCUGUCGGACGCUCUGCUGUUGGCUUGCCAGGGCGGCGAAGAGUUGUGGACGAGAACGCAGGAAGCGUGUUUGGCGGCCGGGAAAGGACGUCCGUUCAUGAAGAUUGUCAAGGCCAUGAUGAAGCGCGACUUGUCAUCGCUCGUGAAUGAGUCGCACGUAGAGCUGUGGAUGGAAACCCUUGCGAUUCUUACUACCUACGCCACUGGCGACGAAUUUGGCGUGUUGGUCGACCAGCUCGCGGCCAAGCUAGAGUCCCACGGAGACGUCGCGUCCGCAACUCUCUGCUACAUGUGCUCGUUCAACGUGGAGAAAACCGUCACCGCGUGGGUCAAGGAAGCGGCGAUCGAGUCCACGUCCCGCGACCCCGUCCUCGUACUGCAAGAUUUGAUCGAGAAGAUCUCGAUUUUUGCUCAAGCGUCCGACAACCCAGACCAGGAACUGAGCCCGGAAGUGGCGAGUCAGUUUGCAGCGUAUGCUUCGCUGAUGGCGGGACAAGGUCGACUUGACAUUGCUCAGCGCUACGCCAAGUACGCUGACGUGAGCUGCGCGAUUAUUCGCGACCGCGUGUACCAUGCCGCCCCUAACCCCCAAGUCCGCCCCCCUCCGUCGCCAUUUAUCGACACAACGCCGGUAGCCACAGCGCCUCAGCAAAACAACCGAACCCAAUACCAACACCAGCCUGCCACUCCCUCGUACGGCCAACCAGCUGCGGGUAGCGCUGCGCGAGGGGCGUACGGUGGAGCUGCCCCACAACCUGCUGCAGCUGCCUACGGACACACUGCUCAAUAUUCACAGCAGCAGUACAACAACUCGAGCUACAAUCAACCUCAAGCCACAGCGUACCCAACUCCUGCUACCCCUGCUUACGGCGCCCCUGCACAAACGCAGUACCCAUCUACCUACGGGAAUAGCGCUCCUGUGCCGACUCCCGUUGGAGGCUAUGGCGCCGCUGCGGGUGGGUAUGCCACGGCUCCUGCACCUACGCCUGCGUACGGCAGUGCACCUACUCCUGCGUAUGGAUCUGCACCCCAAGGCACUUUCGGUGGUGCCCCCACUCCUUCUGCAUAUGGUGCGACCCCUGCUGCACCCACUCAAGGAUAUGGCGCCACCACACCUGCAUACGGUGCACCACCUCCUGCUUAUGGCGCACAAGCUGCACCUUAUCGCGCCCCUUCAGCCGCAUCCACGCCUGGCACGUUUGGCGCAACAGGUCCUCCCUCAAAUCCCGGUGGGUUCCCGGUCCCCCCUCAAGGCCACGCCACCCCUGGGGUAGGAUUUGGUGCCCCCCAGCAAGUGAACGCCCCACCACCCGCUGCCGCCGUACACGGUGGGUUCGCCCAACCCACAGCCCUGCCGAACCCGUCGUCCCGCAUUUCCACGAUUCCCGUGGACAUUUCCAAGGGCAAGGCCGACGGGUUUGUCAGUAGCGUUGGCAACAAGGACCUCAUUCGCAAGUACGGCAACUCGACCAACGCGAUUUUGUCCCCGACCGAAACGGAAAAAGCCGCCGGCUUCCACAACCAGCCCACGACGCCUGCUCCCGCCGCCCCGCUCGGCGCCACGGACAACGUGUCGGCCGACGAUAUGCCGAUUGUCCAGGGUUUUAACGACUUCGUGUCUCUCUUAGAAAACUCCCAGCUAUCGCCGAUCGAAGCGAAGCAGCUGCCCGAGAUCCACAAGGCCAAGGACCUGCUCUUCACCAAGCUCAACACGGGAGAGUUGGCGCCGAACGUUGUGAAGCACCUGCACGAGAUGGUCCAGUCGUUUGGUCGAAGUGACUUUCGCACGGCGGGCAACCUCCACACGCAAUUGACCACGACCGACUGGGCCCAGCACAAAGACUGGUUGCGCGGCGUCAAGACACUCAUCAACCUCGGCGUGAAGCGCUUUAGAUAGGCCGCCUCGUGCGAACGCUGUCUAGAUACAUGCCUGUUCGUGUACGCUUGAGGUAGAUGGGGGACCGGCUGGCGCAGAGCCCUCCCAAAGUAGAGGAGGCCUGCGCCGACCAUUCCAUGUCCCUCAUAAAUUGCCAAGGCACAAAUGCCAUUGGAAUCUCUACUUGUCAGGUAGAGAACUAGUUUCCUUACUCAUUGAGUUUAAGCCAAGA